AUGUCGUAUCAGACGCAGAAUGGUGGUAGGUGUGGAGUGUGUGGUGACCCAGUUGGAGGGCCUUUCAAACACGAGACCCCAGGUGCGAUUGUGAAGACAUACCAACAGGGAGAGACAUUCAACGUUACACUUGUUAUAACGGCAAAGCACAAAGGCUGGCACGAGUUUCGAAUCUGCGACAACAAGUUCAGGGUGACCCACGAGUGCAUGAAUAAAAACCUUUUACAAAUACCACUAAAAGAUGACACGUUAGUCACUCGCAUCUUUGAGCCAGAUGACAGACGUUUCGUCAGCUCAACCAUGUACCCGUUCGAGGACAGUAGGGCCACUUUAGUGAUACCUGUCAAGUUACCGCCAGAUCUGACCUGUGACCAUUGUGUGUUCCAGUGGAAGUGGCACUGCGGUAAUAACUUCUGGAGAGACAUAGACAAUGUACCCCAAGAGGAGUUUUUCGGUUGCGCCGAUAUCAGAAUAGAGGGCCCUGCGACCACCUUACGGUCUUCGUCGACCCCACCUCCACCUUUACCAACUCUUCAACCAGGGGAACCAAAACCAGGUACCAUGAAGGUUGGCUGUUGGUUCACCAAUUGGGCACAGCAUAGAGCAGGGGGCGGACGAUUUGGACCAAAGGACAUAAAUCCUUAUGUGUGUACGCAUAUAUUUUAUGCUUUCGCCAAGGUGCAAUGGGACGGCAGAGCUUUCACAUUAAGGCAGACAGAACCGAACGACCCAGACAACAUGGAGCAGGUCGUGAAACUAAAACUCCGUAACAAAGACCUGAAGGUUCUUCUGGCAGUCGGUGGAUGGAGCCAUUCGUUAAAGGUCUUUAACGAAAUGUCAAAAACAUCUGAAACCAGAAGAAAAUUCUUGACCAACGCGAUCGCAUUUCUACUCCAGUAUGGCUUCGAUGGAUUGGAUUACGACUGGGAGUACCCCGGAGACGUCGAUCGCGGAAGUCCUCCGGAGACAAAGCAAUAUUUUGCUGAUUUGGUCAAGGAAACAAGAUUGCGUUUCCAAGAGGAGGCCGCUAGUACGGGCAAGGAAAGGUUACUUGCCACAGCUUCUGUUGGAGUGACUGACGAAGUUAUUGCCGAGGGCUACGACAUUCCAGUGAUGAGCAGAUACCUUGAUUGGACAAACCUGAUGACCUUUGACCUGCAUGGGGCGUGGGAUGGUAUCCUGGGACACCACUCAGCCUUGUUCUCUAAGUCAGGCCGCCUGGCUACUCUUAACAUUGACUCUAUCGUCAAGAACUGGAUAGGGAGAGGCUACGAGCCCAGCAGACUGCUCCUUGGCGCCGCCACAUACGGCCGAACCUUCACCAUGACUCAACCUAACUCACACCACCCUGGGGACUUGGCCAUUGCCCCCGGGGCCGCGGGGCCGUACACCAACAUCCGUGGGAUACUCGGAUACAAUGAGAUGUGUGUGGUGGGCGGCUGGGACGAGUCAUAUGACUAUGAAACCAUGGUCCCCCACGCCUACAACCCUGACACGAGGCAGUGGGUUGGCUACGAUAACCAAGAAAGCAUCGCACUUAAGGGAAGGAAAGUACCCUCUUCUGACCGCCGCCUUCAACGCCUUGAAAUGCAAGCGACCCGAGCCUACCACGACCACAACUCCAAGACGAACUACUACGACUACGAUCACAACUACGACCACAACUACGACCACAACUCCUAA